AUGGCGACCGUACAUUCUGGACGCCAGGGCAAGCCUGCCAAUCUCUUAAAGAAAGGCACAGUGACGACAAAAACCCACCGAUUUGAAUCUUUCUCCCAGCGCGUCGUUAAAUUAAAAAUUGAUCCUAUCCAUCGUGUGCGGCGAACCAGCGUUGGUGAUGACAGCGACUCGGACUCGGACACGUACUUCAGGGCUUCCCUGGAGCGCUGGAUGGAACUUAACCUGUCGGAAAAUUUUACUCAGUUCUCCCAACGAGUUAAUCGACUGUGCGAAAGCUUACCGCAGAUUCUUCAUCAUGAGGAUCGAAUAAUGGGAUUGUUGGCCGAGUAUAUCGCAAAAGGAGAUGAGAUGAGCAUGGAACCCCUGCUGAGUCUUGUAGCUCAGUUUUCGCGGGACUUGGGCCAGCGAUUUGAAAGACACUUUGCGUCGGCCGUCACGUUGGUGGCUUCCGUCGCCGCUACACACUCAAAUAUCGAGGUGAUAGAAUGGAGUUUUACAUGUCUGGCAUGGAUUUUCAAGUUCCUAUCCCGUCUCCUUGUCCCGGACCUACGCCAACUGCUGGGAAUAAUGUCUCCGUACCUUGGGAAGGAAAAACAAAAACACUUUGUGACAAGAUUUGCUGCGGAGUCUAUGUCCUUCUUGGUCCGGAAGGCCGCACUUGUCUACUACAAAAACAAGGCACCGCUUGACAGAGCCGUUACCUUCCUUUUCGAGGACCUCGCUAGCAUUGAUGGGGCGCGCCAAAUUUCAAUGUAUCAACAGGGCCUUAUGUCAAUGUUUGCAGAUGCGAUUAAGGGGGUUAAUGGUGGUAUUCAUUCAAGUGGAGCAGAUAUCUUGCGUUGCCUAAUCAGUGCCGCUGUUGUGCAAGACGAAACCCAGAGUGCCCUCGCAGGGCAGGUUCUUAGCGGGGUUGUCACUAAUUUGGUUCAUCAUACUUCUGUAAACACCUUUGGUUCAGUGCUUGAUGUGAUCUGUGAUCAUGUUGAAUCCACUAAACACAAUGGCGACAUUGCAGCGAUGAAGAUUGACAUCCGCUUGGUUUUUGUUAGCGUAACCGCGCGCAAGGGCUCUAGGGUUAAAAACUGGAGAAGAGCACAUGAAGCUCUCAUGAUCCUUCUCACUCGCGUCGUUAAGUCAUCUAGUACCCCGGGGUAUUCCGUUCAACUGCUCUUAGCUGCUGUGGUCGUUGCAGUGCAGACCUCCCCCAUGGAUGAAUUGCUGGCGUUUAUGCGCCCUAUUAUGGAAUUAAUCAGCGAUGAUCAACUGAGGGACUACUUCCUCCCAUUUUGCUCUUUUUUCUCUACUUUUGGGGCUGAACGCUUUCAGAGCGUUGUGCUCCCAUACUUUCAGCGUGGCUGGAAGGAUGCAAUUGUCGAAAGGCUGCGCAAACCCAAUCCAAGUGCCCAGGAUAUCUCAUUCCUAAAUUCUUAUACUAAGCUUCACAACGCUAUAUCCCUCUCUUCUGAGCCUUCGAUUCUUCCACAAUUAGUCCGCUGCCUCCACGGUCAACUAACGGCUGCUUUGGCACAAGCUCCCAAACUUGGAGAAAGCCAAAUUAUAUUUGCUCGAGGCCAAGGUUUUUUGGCUUAUGUCCACCUCGCUUCUGUAAUGGGCUUACUUGAUUUACAGCUUUGGAGAUUGAUAGUUUCCAACGGACCCGACUGCGCAAAUUGCCCGGUUUUCCUUGAAGCUACCUUGGCUUAUUUGUCCGCUUGUCACAAAUGCGAUCAGGCAACCGAUGUCAACCUUGAGCCGUUUGCUACAAUUCUGAUCCACAAUCUUUCUAGUCCAUCACACGAAAUUAGACUGUUUUCCCUUAAAAUUCUACAAAUUUUGUUGUCUCAGGAGAACGAUGGCAACAAUACUUACAUAGAAAUAGCAAUCGAAAUUGAACAAAGCGAGCUAACCCUCCAUGCAGCGAGGACUCUAUCAAUGCAAGUACGCAAACUUGCCAUCGCAUACCCAACAUUGUCUUCCCAGAAGUGGUUGGAUCGGAUUAUUCCGAAUUUCUGUUUUGGCUUGCUAUCGAAAAGGCUAGCAUCUCUGUGGGAUGACGCAUGUGAAACAAUUAAGGCAAUUUGCGAGGUGCGAAAUGGAGAGACCGUUGUUGCGGAGCUUGCUAUGCGCUGGCUGCAAGAGCCUGGCUCGCUUAGAACCGAUGCCAGUACGCCUGGGGAAGAGCCGCAGGAAUCGCAUAUCUCGUCGGACUUCGAAUGCUUUAACGUUUCAAAUAUCGAGAAAACCUCCUUAGUAAAUUUCAUUGAUUCCCACAACUACGAUUCUUUGCUUGCAGAAGAUUUCAAGUCUACACAUUCGACGGAAGUAAAACACUCUACUUCUCCUCGAACACAGGCUCUCAAGGUCCUUGGAUCUGUGCCUCAGGUGGCAGAGAAGCGAUCUCGACUAUUUGUUCCUCUAUUUCUAACAUGGGCAGCUUAUGAUGAUGACAUUACUACCGUUAACGAGUCCAAUGCUUCAGGUACAGGUGGAGGAGAAUAUGGCUCCCCUUCUUCCUGGAAUUUGCGCGACCGGAAAGCUAUGCUCGACAUCUUUGGAAAAUUCGUGAACCCCAAGGUUUUAUACAAGGCAGCAGAGGUCCAUGAAGCGUUACUUGGCCUUCUUGGCAACGGUGAUUCGGAAGUUCAGAAAUCUGCACUGAAGGCUAUAUUCACAUGGAAGUCGCCAGCAAUUCAACCAUAUGAGACGAACAUAUUGAAUCUUGUGGAUGAUGCAAGGUUCCGAGAUGAAUUAUCUGUUUUCUUAAAUGUUAGCCAAGAGGCUAAUAUGAUUAAGGAAGAUCACCGUGCAGAUUUAUUGCCAGUUUUGCUAAGACUUCUGUAUGGCAAAAUUGUUGCUCGCGGGGGCUCUCGUGGUGGACAAGGGACCCAGGAGGCACGCAGAAAAACCAUUUUAAGAACGAUAUCCCAGCUUUCUGAAAAUGAUUUUGACAACUUUAUUCAAAUAUCGUUUGGUCCUUUGAACAAUGUUAGUGUCCUCGAAACCGACGCCAAGCAUGUCCAACCCCUAGAACAAGAGAUAAUUGGCGUCAGAAAGCAGUAUGGUCUUCUGAAAAUGGUGGAAACUAUGUUCGAAACUUUGAAGACGAAGAUGUCACCCUUUGUUGAACGUUCCAUGAAUGUGAUUCUAUACUGUCUUUUCCGAGCAGCACUCUACUUCCUUUACGGAAACCAACAGAUCAUUCAACGAAUAGUUGAUUGUCUGGCUGUGGAAUCUGCCCGUGAGGAAGUCAAGAUAUUCGUUCUAAAUGAGAUCCUGAACAGCCUCAUUAGUCGUGCGGAUGGAGAGAUAAACGAUCCGGAGAAUUUACCAGAUGCAGCAACAACGGAUCUAAUUCGGUGCAAAGUACUGGCACCUCAUGUCGAGCACAUAUUAACUCAUGUCGAAUUUCUCCUUAGAAGUCAAUCUACCCGUCAACUUACGAUGGCUGCAAUUGAGACGCUGUCUAAGCUCGCACCGUUUGUCCAAUCAUCACAAGAGACCACGAAGUUAAUUAGUACAGUAACGUUUCUUCUUAAUGAACCUGCAGAUCGAGUACCUCCCAAAGCCAAAAGCGGACUUCUACGUGUCAUGCAAUAUUUCCUACCCUUAUAUGAUCCACGCGAUAACGUGGACCUCAGCCGGCGAAUCUUUGAAGUCAUUUCCUCUCUAUUCGAUUACUUCAAGGAUAAUCCGAACCGUGAAACGCUCUCUUCCCUAGAGGAUGAUAAUGGAGACUCCUUUUUCCUACCUCUCAUUGAACAUUUUGUGUUUGAUCAGGAGGAAAAUGAUAGUGCCCAUAACCUGGCGGCGGAGGCAGUUACAACUAUCGGGGUUCUGUCCGAAUGGCUAGAGUGGAGCCAAUUCAGAGCAAUAUUCCGCAGGUAUAGGGGUUACGUGCGAAGUCGCCUCGGAAUGGAAAAGAACAUCAUACGUCUUCUAGGACAGCUGACCGAUGGUUUGUCUCGAGCCAUGAAUAUUAUUGGCAAAGAAGAACAACCUGUUAUUGAGGAUGGAAAUAUGGGAAGCAUUGAGGAAAAACCUGCAAUUAAGACCAAUCUCUCCAAGACUUUGCCUGCGGAAACUCGCAUUUACACAGAACUGAAAAGCAACUUCAUCCCUUUCUUAUCUGAAUUUGUGCAUCAGAAGGAUGAAUCUGAAGUUCAUCUUCGCAUUCCAGUCGCAGUUAUAACUGUCAAGUUACUGAGGCUUCUUCCUGAGGAAGACAUGGCUCUUUUCCUCCCCUCCCUACUUCUAGACCUAGCUAAUGUUCUCAAAAGUCGGUCUCAGGAUGCUAGAGAUUUGACCAGAAGAACACUCGCUGAUGUCGCACUUAUUCUUGGGCCGUCUUAUUUUGGAUAUAUUCUAAAAGAAUUGCGGAGCACGUUGACAAAGGGAUACCAACUUCACGUGUUAUCCUUUACAGUACAUUCUAUUCUCGUGGCGACCAGUGAUCAUUUUGAGCCGGGCGACUUGGAUCAGAAUCUUGACGCCCUCGCAGCGGUAGUGAUGGAUGAUAUUUUCGGCACCGUUGGCCAGGAGAAGGACGCUGAAGAGUAUGUGAGCAAAAUGCAGGAGGUAAAAAGUAGCAAAAGCUAUGAUUCCAUGGAACUUCUCGCAAAAAUCUCCACAAUUCGCCAUCUCUCGGCUCUUAUCAACCCAGUGCAAGCGCUUUUGCGAGAGAAACUCACGGCCGCUAUCAUCAGAAAAGUCGAUGAACUGCUUAGACGAAUUGGCAUCGGCCUGCUGCGGAACCCUGGUGCUGAAAGCCGCGAUCUUCUAGUUUUCUGUUACGAGGUGAUAAAGGAGUCAUACAAAACUGAAGCGCCGCAGAUUGAAACCCAUGAGCAAGGAAACAGAAUCCGUUUCAUCGUCAAUUUGCUCAAUCCGAGGAACCGCAUGAAUCGAGGAAGCACAUCCUCAUAUAUUUACAAGCUUUCUCGCUUUGGGCUUGAUGUUCUCCGCGCCGUACUAAAUAAGCACCAAUCGCUCAUGACUGCUGCCAACGUUGCCGGAUUCCUUCCCAUUAUUGGAGACGCUAUGUUACAGAGCUACGAAGAGGUCAAACUGUCUGCCAUUAGGCUCCUAUCCACGAUCAUUAAAAUCCCACUCCCCGAACUCGAUAGAAACUCUGAGGUAUAUCUAAUGGAAGCCAUUAAAAUGAUCAAGGAAGCCCCAAACACAAAUACAGAAGCUGCGCAAGCCGCCUUGAAACUUAUCGCUUCCAUUCUACGCGAACUCAAGAGCACAAAGCUGAAGGACUCUCACCUUGGUUAUUUGUUGAAGCGAAUAACUGCCGAUAUCGAGGAACCUGAUCGCCAAGGGGUUACUUUCAAUUUCAUUCGGGCAGUGAUGUCUCGUAAAUUUAUCGUUCCUGAGAUAUAUGAGCUUGUUGACAAUGUUGCGGCGAUGAUGGUAACAAAUCAUACAAGGAGCGCUCGCGACCUCGCAAGAGGCGUCUUCGUACACUUUAUGAUUGAAUACCCUCAAGCCAAGAGCAGAUGGACAAAACAACUUGGGUUCCUCGCCAAAAACCUUGACUAUCAGCAUAAAGAAGGCCGUCAGUGUGUUAUGGAAGCGAUUCAUCUUCUUCUCUCAAAGACCAAUGGCGACCCUGCUCAGAAUAUUGUUAGCACAUUUUUUAUACCAGUGGUAAUGGUUAUGUCUAACGAUGACGCAGUUGAAUGUCGGGAGAUGGCUGGAGUUCUUCUGCAUGAUAUCUUCAGCCGUGCUGAUUCAGAGCAGUUACAGUCUAUGCUCUCUCCUCUCCGGUCUUGGUUGGAACAAUCCCAAAACCCAUUGCUCACAACCACUGGGUUACAAGCAAUCAGGAUAUUCUUGGAAUCAGAUCGGAAGAAUAAGGAUGAUGAAGUGCGGUUUGUUGCGCACCGAUUGCCUCGAAUCAUUGGCCCUGCAGUGAAGAAUCGCGAAGGGGAGGGAUGGGAAGUGUUAUAUCAUUCGCUACAGCUCUUCACAAAAGUAUGCCAACUCUUUCCAGGCAUCGCAUUGUCGGGGGAUUGCGAGAAUAUUUGGCGCUAUGUUUGCGAAAGUCUUUUCUAUCCACAUGUCUGGAUAAAGUCAUGCGCAGCAAAUUUAAUUGGAAUAUGGCUUGCAGACGAAGCGAAAGGAAAUGCCUCCAUCGGUUAUGGUUCCGUUCCGCUCAUCAGCGCAUCUGGUCUUAAACUCGAAGGCAGCACGAUGCUGGACAUUACGCGAGCCAGCCUGCUAUGUCUAAAGUCAGCAACCGUUUCUGAAGAUCUCGCAACCCAAACGAUCAGAAACCUGGUGUUCCUUGGACGUUGCUUCAGCCAGAAUAACCUCGAGCUUUCAAAGAAGGUAGAAGAUUUGUCUGACGAUGUUAGCAACGAUAGCGACGAAAGCGACAACAUUGACCCAGCUGCGGCGAAACCCAUGAAACAAAACAAGCCAGCAAUCGAAUUUAUCUUCGAACGAGCAGCUGCCAUCCUUCGGCAAGAACCUAGAACCACCCGUGCAGAUUCUUUGAUCAGUAAAAAGGCUUCCAUGAAACUUCUCGCAGCCCUUUGCACUCAUCUUGACGUCGCUCAUUUAAUUCCAUCUCUCCAGACAAUUCUUCUUCCGUUACUACAUCUAACUGACCCAUCCAUCCAUGCGCCUCGCUCCCUCGACGAGCAGUUCCAGGAUACUUACAAGUCCCUUGUUAGCAGCAGCCAGGAGAUCCUCGAUUUGCUGCAAAAGAGGUUAGGCACGACUGAUUUCGUAACUCAAUUGACGGUUGCUCGUGAGAGUGUUAGGUCCAGACGGGAGGCCAGAAGAGUCAAGAGGCGCGUCGAAGCUGUUACUGAUCCUGAGAAGUUUGGCAGAGAAAAGAAGCGGAAGAAUGACCGCAAGCGGGAGAAGAGGAAGGAAAAGGGCAUAGAAUAUCAGGAGCGGAGACGUGGUUGGUAG